AUGACUUUUCAAGCACAUGCAACAGGAAAUAAUUUUCGAAAGCCUCAAAUCAAUACUUUAGGUGAUUAUGUACGACAAAAUAAUCCAGCUUGGCGUGCACAUAAUUAUUUAAAUGUACAACGUGAUCUUGAUUGGCACAAUUAUCUAAGACGACAAGCAGAUAUACCAAUUCAACCUGGUAUUCCUUAUGGUAGAAGACGAAGAAAUAGAAUUCAACCACAAACUCGAGGAGUAAUUAUAUCUGAUGAUGAUAUUGGUCUAAGUAAAAUAGAUUUUACUUCUCCACCAGUUACUUUAACAUGGCUUGAUUUACAAGCUAAUGCACCACCAAAAGAUGAAGGUAUUAAACGAACAAUAACAAAAGCACUUUGUCCAUCGAAAGAAGUUAGUCAAUCAAAAAUGUUACUAAAAGGAGUUAGUGGUAUUGUUAAACCAGGUCAAUUAUUAGCUAUAAUGGGUGCUAGUGGUGCUGGUAAAACAACAUUAAUGAAUCUUUUAGCACAUCGUCGACCUGGUACAUUAAAAGUCACUGGUGAAGUGAGAGUAAAUGGAACAAAAAUGGGUCGACAUAUAAAUCGAGUAGCUGGUUAUGUUCAACAAGAGGAAUUAUUUAUACCAUCAAUGACAACAAGAGAACAUUUAUAUUUUCAUGCUAUGUUACGAUUAAAUCGUGAUGUAUCAAAAGAACAACGUAUUAAUCGUGUUGAAGAAUUAUUGGAUUUUUUAAACUUGAAAAAAGUAGAAAAAACAGCUAUUGGUCAACCUGGACGUAUCAAAGGUUUAUCAGGUGGUGAAAAGAGACGUUUACUUUUUGCUUCUGAAGUACUUAGUGAUCCACCGUUAUUAUUCGCUGAUGAACCAACGUCGGGUCUUGAUGGAAGUAUGGCAUUUAUUAUAUGUGACGCAAUGCGAAAAUUAUGCAAUCAAGGUAAAACAAUAGUAUGUACAAUUCAUCAACCAUCAAGUGAAAUUUUUCAGUUAUUUGAUACGUUAGGUUUCAAUGCACCAGAUAAUUACAACUUAUCGGAUUUUUAUAUACAAACAUUAGCUAUACUACCAUUUGACAAAGAAAAUUCAUUAGAACGUGUCGAAUACAUUUGUGAUGAAUAUGAACAAACAUCAUUUUAUGCUCAACGUGUUGCCGAAGCUCAACAAUAUCAUACUAUUGAUGAUGAUCAAUCAGAUUCACCUGGUGGAUUAUUUAGUCGUUCACCAAAAUGUAAAGCUGGUUUCUUCACUCAACUUCGUUGGUUAUUAUGGCGCUCAUCUAUUGAUAUGUUUAAAAAUCCAUUUGAACUACGUCUUAAUUUUAUUUUAUCAGCAAUUGUUGGUGUUCUUUUUGGUCUUCUCUUUUUACGUUUACAAUAUAAUCAACAAGCAUUCCAAAAUAUAUCAUCAGUUAUAUUUAUGUUGAUUAUUAAUAUUUCAUUUUCAAGUGUUCAACACAGUGCUGAUAGUUAUAAUCGACAAUUAUCAUUAUUUUUUAAAGAACAUGAUGAUGGAAUCUAUCGUACAAUACCAUAUUAUAUAUCGAGAUUUAUCCUACAACUACCAACACAAGCAUUAUCAAUAUUUGUAUAUGGAACUAUUGUUUAUUGGAUGGCUAAUUUAUUUAAUAAUGUUCGAAGAUAUUUUAUUUUACAAGGUAUUCUUAUUUUAUGUGGUUUAGUGGCAACAUCUGUGGGAGCGCUUAUAGGAGUCUCUGUACCUUCGCCUGAUGCUGCCGCAGCACUUGUUGUUCCAAUCGUCAUUCCACUUGUUGUCUUUGCCGGCUUUUUCAUAAAAACAAAAACAAUUCCUAAUUGGCUUGUUUGGUUAAAAUUUCUUUCUUGGCUUUAUUAUUCAAAUGAAAUGGCUUUAAUUAAUCAAUGGGAAGAUGUUCAAUCACUGGAAUGUAAUCAACCAGGUAAUUCAACUUGUUUUCGUACUGGUAACGAUAUUAUUGAUUAUUAUGGUUUUAAAAAAAGCAAUUAUUAUCGUAAUUUGGGUUUACUUUUUGUUCUCUUUGGUACUUUUCGAAUUAUUAGUCUUAUUGUUUUGAUAUUACGAGCAAAAUAUCAACGAAAAACUGGAUAA